AUGGCUCCAAGAACCACCAGAAAACAAAAGAUCACCAAGACUUUCACUGUCGAUGUUUCUUCUCCAACCGAAAACGGUGUUUUCGACCCAGCUGCUUACAAGAAAUACUUGAUCGACCACAUCAAGGUUGAAGGUGCUGUUGGUAACUUAGGUAACGCCAUCUCCGUUGAAGAAGACGGUUCCAUUGUUACUAUUGUUUCCACUGCUAAGUUCUCUGGUAAGUACUUGAAGUACUUAACUAAGAAGUACUUGAAGAAGAACCAAUUGAGAGACUGGAUUAGAUUUGUUUCCACUAAACAAAACCAAUACAGAUUGGCCUUCUACCAAGUUGCUCCAGAAGAAGAAGAAGACGAAGAAUAA